GGGCAGGACAGCACCUGGAAGGCAAAGGAGCAAGGCGAAGAGAACCAGUACAUCCGUCAGAAGGAGCAGGCGCAGCUGGCCGCGCUCCGCGAUCAAGCUCGAGCCUCAAAGACCGCUGCGGUGCCGCGCGAGGACAGGGACUACGAGGCCGGAUUCGGCGGCCAGGAGGACCUGGAGGACCGCUACGCGACGACGAGCGGGGAGCACUAG